UGGAGUUCCAUGGAGUGAUGAGAUUUUAUUUUCAAGAUAAAGCUGCUGGGAAUUUUGCAACAAAAUGCAUUCGGGUUUCUAGUACUGCCACCACUCAAGAUGUGAUCGAGACGCUGGCGGAGAAAUUCCGGCCUGACAUGCGGAUGCUGUCGUCCCCCAAGUACUCCCUCUAUGAAGUGCACGUCAGCGGAGAAGAAAGAAGAUUGGAUAUAGAUGAGAAACCCCUGGUUGUUCAGUUGAAUUGGAAUAAAGAUGAUCGAGAGGGCAGAUUUGUUCUUAAGAAUGAGAACGAUGCCAUUCCUCCUAAGAAGGCUCAAAGCAAUGGACCUGAAAAGCAGGAGAAAGAAGGUGUUAUCCAGAACUUCAAGAGAACUCUCUCAAAGAAAGAAAAGAAGGAGAAAAAGAAGAGAGAAAAAGAGGCAGUGAGGCAGGCGUCUGAUAAGGACGAUAGGCCUUUCCAAGGGGAAGACAUUGAGAAUUCCCGACUGGCUGCUGAGGUUUACAAAGACAUGCCUGAAACCAGCUUUACCCGAACGAUUUCGAAUCCGGAGGUGGUCAUGAAGCGUCGCCGGCAGCAGAAACUAGAGAGGAGGAUGCAGGAGUUCCGGAGCUCCGACGGGCGGCCUGACUCAGGUGGAACAUUGAGAAUUUAUGCAGAUAGUUUAAAACCAAAUAUUCCCUACAAGACAAUCCUGCUGUCUACCACAGAUCCUGCAGACUUUGCUGUGGCUGAAGCUUUAGAGAAAUAUGGUCUGGAAAAAGAAAAUCCUAAGGAUUACUGCAUUGCCCGGGUUAUGCUUCCUCCUGGAGCCCAGCAUUCUGAUGAAAAAGGUGCUAAAGAAAUUAUCCUUGAUGAUGAUGAGUGUCCUUUACAAAUCUUCAGGGAAUGGCCAAGUGACAAAGGGGUUUUAGUCUUUCAGUUGAAGAGGAGGCCACCAGACUAUAUCCCAAAGAAAACUAAGAAACAUGUCGAUGGGAAGCUGGUGAAGGGCAAGGAGAGAGCGGAGGGGUCGGGCUAUGGCUCUGCGCUUCCGCCUGAGAAGCUGCCCUAUCUAGUAGAGCUAAGCCCAGGGAGAAGGGAUCGCUUUGCCUGCUACAACUAUCACCCUUACGAAGAUGGCUCAGAUUCCAGAGAUAAGCCCAAGCUUUACCGCCUUCAGUUGAGUGUCACCGAGGUUGGGACAGAAAAGUUCGAUGAGAACUCCAUCCAGCUGUUUGGAUCAGGAAUUCAGCCCCAUCACUGUGACCUCACAAACAUGGAUGGAGUUGUCACUGUCACGCCGAGAAGCAUGGAGGCCGAGACUUACGUGGAAGGACAGCGCAUCUCAGAGACAACCAUGCUGCAGAGUGGGAUGAAAGUGCAGUUUGGGACGUCACACGUGUUCAAGUUCGUGGACCCCAGCCAGGACCACGCUCUGGCCAAGAGAUCUGUGGAUGCAGGCCUGACUGCCAAGGGUCCCAGACACAAGCCUGGAAUUGUUCAAGAGACAACUUUUGAUUUAGGAGGAGAUGUUCAUAGUGGAACAGCAUUACCAACAAGCAAGAGCACCACGAGGCUGGACAGCGACAGGGUGUUGCCUGCCUCCAGCACAGCGGAGCGCGGGAUGGUGAAGCCAGUGAUCAGAGGAGAGCGGCAGCAGGAUUACCGCAGGCAAGAAAACAGAACUCAGGAUGCUCCUGGGCCUGAACUGAUAUUGCCUGCAAGCAUUGAAUUCAGGGAAAGUUCUGAAGAUUCAUUUUUAUCUGCCAUUAUAAAUUAUACUAAUAGCUCUACAGUCCAUUUUAAGUUGUCACCUACAUAUGUAUUAUAUAUGGCAUGUCGGUAUGUAUUGUCCAGCCAGUACAGACCGGAUGUCAGUCCUACAGAACGUACUCACAAAGUGAUUGCAAUAGUCAACAAGAUGGUGAGCAUGAUGGAGGGGGUGAUCCAGAAACAGAAGAAUAUUGCAGGGGCACUUGCCUUCUGGAUGGCCAAUGCAUCUGAGCUGCUCAACUUCAUUAAACAGGAUCGAGAUCUUAGUCGAAUCACAUUGGACGCCCAAGACGUUUUAGCACACUUGGUUCAAAUGGCGUUUAAAUAUCUGGUUCAUUGUCUUCAAUCAGAACUGAAUAAUUAUAUGCCAGCCUUUCUGGAUGACCCUGAAGAGAACAGCCUACAAAGACCAAAAAUAGAUGAUGUUCUGCACACGCUCACGGGAGCCAUGUCUUUGCUGCGACGCUGCCGAGUCAAUGCUGCCCUGACCAUCCAGCUCUUCUCCCAGCUCUUCCACUUCAUCAACAUGUGGCUCUUCAACAGAUUGGUGACCGACCCCGAGUCGGGACUGUGCUCUCACUACUGGGGGGCGAUUAUCCGCCAGCAGCUGGGACACGUGGAAGCGUGGGCAGAGAAGCAGGGCUUGGAGCUGGCAGCUGAUUGCCACCUCAGCCGGAUAGUGCAGGCAACCACUUUGCUUACAAUGGAUAAAUAUGCGCCUGAUGACAUUCCAAAUAUAAACAGUACCUGCUUUAAGUUAAAUUCACUGCAACUUCAAGCCUUGUUACAGAAUUACCACUGUGCACCCGAUGAGCCUUUUAUCCCCACGGACCUGAUCGAAAACGUGGUGGCCGUGGCUGAAAACACGGCUGAUGAGUUGGCGCGCAGUGACGGGAGGGAGGUGCAGCUUGAAGAGGACCCCGAUCUGCAGCUGCCUUUUCUUUUGCCAGAAGACGGCUACUCUUGCGAUGUUGUCAGGAACAUUCCAAAUGGUUUACAAGAGUUUUUAGACCCUUUGUGCCAGAGAGGAUUUUGCAGGUUAAUCCCUCACUCACGCUCACCAGGUACCUGGACGAUAUAUUUUGAGGGUGCAGAUUAUGAGAGCCACCUUCUGCGUGAGAACACGGAGCUGGCUCAGCCUCUGAGGAAAGAACCCGAAAUAAUCACUGUGACUCUUAAAAAGCAAAAUGGGAUGGGCCUCAGCAUCGUUGCAGCAAAGGGUGCUGGCCAAGAUAAACUUGGAAUCUAUGUCAAGUCUGUUGUAAAAGGAGGUGCUGCUGAUGGGGAUGGACGCCUGGCUGCAGGAGACCAGCUACUCAGUGUGGAUGGACGAAGUCUGGUAGGACUCUCUCAAGAAAGGGCAGCAGAACUCAUGACAAGAACAAGUUCUGUGGUAACACUAGAAGUCGCAAAGCAAGGAGCAAUUUAUCACGGCCUCGCCACCCUGCUCAAUCAGCCGUCCCCAAUGAUGCAAAGAAUUUCAGAUCGUCGUGGCUCAGGUAAACCCCGUCCAAAGAGUGAAGGUUUCGAGCUCUACAAUAAUUCAGCUCCAAACGGGUCACCUGAGAGCCCUCAGCUGCCUUGGGCAGAAUACAGUGAACCUAAGAAAUUGCCAGGUGACGACAGACUGAUGAAGAACCGGGCUGAUCACCGCUCCAGCCCCAACGUGGCAAAUCAACCCCCUAGCCCCGGAGGGAAGAGCGCGUAUGCCCCUGGAACGACAGCGAAGAUCACAUCUGUCUCCACCGGGAACCUCUGCACCGAGGAACAGACCCCGCCACCGAGACCUGAGGCCUACCCCAUCCCCACUCAGACGUACACCAGAGAGUAUUUCACCUUCCCAGCUUCCAAAUCCCAGGACCGGAUGGCUCCUCCUCAGAACCAGUGGCCAAAUUACGAGGAGAAGCCACACAUGCACGCAGACAGUAAUCAUUCCAGUAUUGCAAUUCAGCGUGUUACCCGUUCCCAAGAGGAACUUCGGGAGGAUGAUAAAGCUUACCAGCUAGAGCGGCAUCGGAUUGAGGCAGUCUUGGAUCGCAAGUCUGAUAGUGAUAUGUGGAUCCAUCAGAGCUCCUCUGUGGGCUCCAGCACCUCCAGCCAAGAGCACCUGGACCACUCCUCCAAGUCAGGCACCCCCGCGUCCACUCUGACCAAAAGCGGCCCUGGGCGCUGGAAGACACCCGCCGCCGUGCAGCCUGUGCCGAUGGCUGUCUCCCAGCCUGUACAGACAGACCUGCCCCCGCCACCCCCACCUCCCCCCACGCACUACGCUGGAGACUUCGAUGGAAUCCCCAUGGACUUGCCUCUCCCUCCGCCUCCUGCCGGCCAGACGGGACCUGCGUCUGCUCAGGCGGCGGCUGCAGAGCGGAGGAAGCGGGAGGAGCACCAGCGGUGGUACGAGAAGGAGAAGGCCCGUCUAGAAGAGGAGCGGGACAGGAAGCGCAGGGAGCAGGAGCGGAAGCUGGGCCAGAUGCGCUCCCAGUCCCUGAACCCGGCCCCGUUUUCUCCUGUGACCGUCCCACACGUGAAGCCGGAAAAGCCUUCUACGCUCCAGAGGCCCCAGGAGACGGUCAUUCGGGAGCUGCAGCCCCAGCAGCAGCCCCGCACGAUCGAGCGCAGGGACUUGCAGUACAUUACGGUCAGCCAAGAGGAGCUGUCGUCCGGGGACAGUCUGUCCCCGGACCCGUGGAAGCGGGAUGCCCGGGAGAAGCUGGAGAAGCAGCAGCAGAUGCACAUCGUGGAUAUGUUGAGCAGGGAGAUCCAGGAGCUCCAGAGCAAGCCUGAGCGCAGUGCGGAGGAGAGCGACCGUCUGCGGAAACUCAUGCUGGAGUGGCAGUUCCAGAAAAGGCUCCAGGAGUCCAAACAGAAGGACGAGGAGGAGGAGGAGGAGGACGACGAUGUGGACGCCGUGCUGAUCAUGCAGCGCCUUGAGGCCGAGCGCAGAGCAAGGGAUGAGGAGCGGAGGCGUCAGCAGCAGCUGGAGGAGAUGCGCAGGCGGGAAGCAGAAGAUCGCGCCAGGCAGGAAGAGGAGCGGCGCCGCCAGGACGAGGAGAGAGCAAAGCGAGAUGCUGAAGAAAAGAGGCGACAGGAAGAAGGGUAUUACAGCCGCCUGGAAGCCGAGAGGCGCAGACAGCACGCGGAGGCCGAGCGCAGGUUGCUGGAGCCGGAGGAGCCGGGUCUGUGCAGACCCCCGCUUCCACGGGGCUACGAGCUCCCGUCCCCGUCCCCUCCGGCCGCCGCUCCUCCUCCCCCGCCUCAGCGGACCGCCUCCUCCCUCCAGGCCCAGACCCUGUCCCCAGACUCUGUGUACACCGCCAGGCUCGUCUCGUACCAUGAGGAGGAGGAGGAGGACCGCAGUCUGGCAGGACCAAACUCUUACAUGGGAUCGGCUGGGACAGCUGUUGGUGCCCAUGAUGCUUAUCGGGAUCCGAGAGAGAGACUGUCUAAAAGCCAUGAUGCAGAUGUACCUGGGAGUUCAGGAGCCCCUGAAAACUUGACAUUCAAAGAGCGUCAGCGUCUGUUUUCACAAGGUCAAGAUGUGUCCAACAAAGUAAAAGCCUCUCGUAAAUUAACAGAACUGGAAAAUGAGCUGAACACAAAAUGA